ACGAAAUUGCUGGGGUUUAUGGCCGGGUUUUAUGAUUCAUCUUCUCCGAUCUCAUCAUCAUCUUUAAACCCUUGAUACGGGACUGUGAGUUCGUUUUCUAGGUCUUGAUUUCGAUUUUUGUAAAUGUGAAGAGAGAUAUAAUGGUUUUAAAGGCGAAGAAAAGCUUAGGCGCUGUGUUCCGCCUUGCGAUGAGAAACUCCACCAAAACUGCUAAACCCAAACCCAUAGAUUCACCAAUUCCAGAAACUGGACUAGUGUCAACGAGUUUUAUGCCGGAGAUUCUCUCAACGCUUAAGUCUUCCGACGAUUCGUCAAUUACUAGUCAAGAUCUUGCUGAACCGGCACUUGCUGGUCAGGUCUCCUCUGCUUUAGAUGUUAGAUUUAGUGAUUUUAGUCUUCUUCAAGAAAGGAAUGGUUCGAAGAACGCGUUGGAAAGCUCUAGUAUCCUGUCUAGGACCAUUUGUUCGUCUCAAAGGCCAAAACUUGCUUCACGUGGUAGGAUGCAGACAGAGAAUUACCAGAAGAAACAGUCAGAGAUUAUGGAGAGGCUUGCCAAGGGAUGUGUUCGGAAGCUAGGCACUGAGACUAUGGUUGCGGUGUUGAAUAAAAUGGGGAAAGAAGCGGGUGAGAAAGACUACAAUGCAAUGACUAAGCUUUGCAUAUCACGAGCGAGGAGGAGCAAUGAUGCAGAGUAUGCUCUUGAUCAGAUUGGGAUGGCUAUUGAACAUCUCAGAGAAAUGAGACAACUCGGAUUCGCUAUAAGAGAAGGAACUUAUGGCCCUUUUUUGAAGUACUUGGUUGAUAUGGAAAUGGUGGAAGAAUUCAAGAUACUCAAGGAGUUUAUUAAGGAGGCAAGUCCUGAGUCUUGUGGGAGACUUGUCUACUAUGAAAUGCUUCUUUGGAUCCAAGUCGACGAUGAAGAGAAGAUCCACAAACUUUGCAAUACAGUUGAUGAUAGUGGGCUAAGUUUAUCAACCUUACAAGAAUAUUAUUUGGUGGCACUGUGUGAGAAAGACAGUAAGGAAAAUCUUCAGAAGCUGUUAGAGAUUGUCGACAUAACAAAAGUAUCAUCACCAGAGGCAUUGGAAAGCAUAUUUGAAUACCUUGGAAAAUUGGUGUCUGAGUCUGUUGCAAUGAAGCUACUUUGGGACCUAAGAGACUGUGGUAAAGAUGGAGUGGAGACAGUUUCAAAUCUCAUAUCCAACUAUGCAACUUGCAUCCCAAAUUCAACGGUAGAUGAUACCAUUUUCAAGUUUAACAAGUUGCAUGAAGAACUAGAUGUCGUGCCGUCAUCUACAUCGUAUGAGAAUCUUGUUAGUUAUCUUUGUGGCUCAAAUGAGGUGGUCACUGCUCUUGAUAUAGUUGAAAAUAUGUGUGAAGCAGGUCUGGUAAUAUCGGCAAACAUCCUGCACUCUUUGUUACAGGCCAUUGAACAGAUUCUUGAGUUUAAUUUGGUGCAAAGAAUCUAUUCAAUAAUGAGCAACAAGAAUGUGAAGCCAAAUAGUGAGACUUUCAGGAGAUCGAUAAACUUGUGCAUACGAAUCAAAGAUUUUGAAGGUGCAUAUAAUAUGCUUGGUAAUUUGAAGAAAUUUAAUUUGGCACCGAACUCUAGCAUGUACAAUCCUAUACUGGCAGGAUAUUUCCGGGAGAAAAAAGUGAGCAGUGCCUUAAAGGUCCUCAAGGAAAUGAAAGAAGCUGAUGUUAAACCUGAUUCCAUGACUUUUAGCUAUCUAAUAAACUAUUGCGACGAGGAGGAGGCUAUUGCGGAGUAUUAUGAGGAGAUGAAGCAAGCAGGACUUGAAGCUAAUAAGCACGUUUACAUGUCCCUUAUUAAAGCAUAUGCAUCAUGCGGACAGUUUGAGAAGGCAAAACAAGUGCUCAUGGACCGGGGAGUUCCGACUAAGGAUCGCAAUGAGCUGAAAAGUGUGCUUAUAUCUGCUCUGGCGACAAAUGGAAAUACAACAGAUGCUUUAAGUAUUUAUGAAGAAAUGAAGAUAUCUGGCUGCACCGUAGAGCCAAAAGCUAUUCUAUCUAUUAUAGAUAACUCUGAUUCAAACGCAGAGUUGAGUACGUUGGUUCAACUCACUCAUGAGCUGCGUGAUUGUAAAUUUUGGAUUGAUAGUUUCUUCAAAACGAUCGUGUUUUCUGUUCGCAACAAUAAAACAAGCUCUAUUCUUGAUUUGCUAGAGCAGACCAAAAACCACUUGUCCAAGGAUGAUGUCGCUGUGGAAUAUUGGUUUGAAGAGGUGUUUAGGUCAAUAGCGGAAACAGAGUCUAGUGAUGUGAAGCUAGGAGUGGACUUGGUGAGCUUUAUGAAGGAAGAGCUUGAGUUAUGUCCUUCAAGAAAAUGUCUAGAUUUUCUUCUACAUGCUUGUGUCAAUGCCAAAGAUAAGCAGAGCGCUCUACUGGUAUGGAAAGAGUACCAAUUUGCAGAACUUCCAUACAACGUCCUCACCUAUUUAAGGAUGUAUCAGGUUCUAGUAGCUGCAGGAGAUUCGAAAGGUGCAAAGGCAAUAGUAUCAAAGAUUCCAAAUGAUGAUGUAGAUGCCAAAAGUAUAAUUAACGAAAGCCGUAUUGUAUUUACUCCAAAGCUGAAAAGCAAAAAGUCUAAAAAGAAACAAUUAGCUCUCCAAGCAAAGUAGGAUGAUUGGUUAAAAUCCCACAUUGUAUGAGAUUUUGUACAGAAGUGAACACUAUUGCCACUAUAAUGGCUAAGUUGUCUUUAAU